UCAACAAAUGAUACACGAAUUUCAGAAUUUCUUCUUCUGGGACUUUCAAAUGAUCCAGAAAAGCAGUCCUUCAUGUUUGAACUAUUUCUAUCCAUGUACCUGCUCACCAUGCUUGGGAACCUGCUCAUCAUCCUGGCCACCAUCUCAGACUCCCACCUGCUCACACCCAUGUACUUCUUCCUCCACAACCUGUCCCUUUUGGACAUCUGCUUCACCUCCAGCACUGUCCCAAAAAUGCUGGUGAAUAUCCAGACACACAGCAAAGUCAUAAGGUAUGAAGGCUGUAUUGUCCAGAUUUAUUUUUUCACAUUAUUUGUAGGGUUGGACAACUUCCUUCUAGCAGUGAUGGCCUAUGACCGCUUUGUGGCCAUCUGUCACCCUCUGCACUGUACAGUCAUCAUGAAUCCCCAGCUCUGUGGAUUGCUGGUGCUGGUGUCCUGGAUCAUAAGUGAUCUGAAUUCCUUUGUGCAAAGCUUCAUGGUCUUGCAUCUUUCCUUCUGUACCAACUUGGAAAUCCCACACUUUUUUUGUGAAACACACCAGUUGGUUCACCUUGCCUAUUCUGAUACUUUCCUUAACAAUAUGGUACUCUAUUUUGCAACUGUUCUGCAAGGUGGUGGACCCCUAACUGGAAUCCUUUACUCUUAUUGUAAAACAGUUUCCUCCAUCCGUGCAAUCUCAUCUGCUCAGGGGAAGUACAAAGCAUUUUCUACCUGUGCAUCUCAUCUCUCUGUUGUCUUUCUAUUUUAUUCUACAUUCCUUGGAGUAUACCUCAGCUCUUCUGUUAAUCAAAACUCACAUUUGAGUGCAACAGCCUCAGUGAUGUACACUGUGGUCACUCCCAUGUUGAACCCUUUCAUCUACAGCCUGAGGAAUAAGGAGAUCAAGAGAGCACUAAAAACACUCUUUGAGAGACUAACCAUGAAAGAUCUCAUUAUACUGGAUCUUAAAAAGUGCUAUUGA